AUGCGUCGGGACGUCGGCUAUCUGCUCCAGCAGUGCGGAGCGGACCAAACACGGCUGAUUGUGCUCUUGUCGACGCCAAAAAGGUCAGAUGCACGGGUCAAGCAACCCCAGUCAGAUUUCCCCCCGCACGCUGUGCAUGAGGAUGAAGAGGACGACAUCCUGGCGUUCUCGGCGACGUCAAGCGGAGCACGUAAGCGAUACAUCUUCGUUCCGUUGUCGAUGGACACGCUGCACGCGCAGAAGGAGAACGUGGGCGCCAAUUUCAACGGUGUCGGGGCUAGUAACACAAAUAAGUUCUUGACGCCGAACCGCGGAUUCGUGAUUCAUGAGGACACAGGCCGAAAGGGGCUGAAAGAAAAAUCGACAGAGAGCAGGCGUGUGCUCAGCGAUAUUUCGAACAAACAGCGGGGCCGUCACGGGAAUAGUAAUGUGGACGGUAUUGCAUCUACCAAGAAAGGGCUGGGUGGACAGCCGAAGAAGCGUAGCCCCAACAAGAGGACACCCCUGACACCGUUGCGAUCAAAGUCGCGAGCUCAUCUAACGCCGAAGCCACGGGCUUCGUUAGCACCAAAAGUACGAGCGGCCUCUCAGAGUGCAAUCAAUACCCCACGCGUUGAAGAAGUACUGGAUAUCGAAUUCGCGUACGGUGGAGUUUCGUCUCCCAAGGCAGAAUCAGCGUGCGUAAAGGGCUUGGACGAUGCGAUUUGGCAAGACCUUUUGACUCGUGAAACGCCAACACUUUUUGACGAUUUUAAUCCCACACGCGUCGUCGAAGUCUGGGAUGAUAGCCGCGAGAGGGUCAUGCUGGAAAGCGGGGAGACCCCUUCUCUCUGGUGGGCUUCACCGAAUCAACAGACGAAAAGAGAAGCAAAAGAUCCGGAUGCAAAAGAGUUGGAGGAAAGAGAGCAAGUGGAAGGUGAUGAUCUGAAGGACCUGCCUCCGCCGGAUAACGUUCCCAAAGAUGCGAUUAACGAUCUCGAUGAUGACGGAUUGCUUGAAAACAUCCUCAACGUGGACGUUGAAGCGGUGUGCAGCGAUUAA